UCACCCAAAAAGUGAUAUAAUUUAUUUAAAUACUACAAUAACUAUCACAGAAACCAAAUGAUGUAAACUACAACACACCAAUUUUCUUGUGUACAUGUAAAUUAUUAUGCAUGCAUUGAUGACAAUACAUCGAUUUAACUAUCACCAAAACCAAACGACCCCUUAGAAGUUGGAAUGUUAAAUCGUUGCAUUAUAAUGAAUCACCAUAAUAUAAAUGCAUGUAUUGAUACAAUGGAUGCAUUUUAACAAUAUAUUGUUUGGUUGUUUAUAUUCUAUUUUAUGCAUUGAUUUACAUAAAGUUACUUUUACGGGGAAAUGUCACAUUUACCGUCAACUUUUAUAAUAAGACAAAAACUAUUGGAGAUAUAAAUGGAAAGAAAAGGUUGACACAAAUCUAUUUUUUGUGAUUGUUGGUGGGACCUACCUAAAACAAAAUGCUUGCAUUGUUUAACAAUUUGACACUUCCAAACAUUGUAUUGUGCACAAUACAUGUAUUCAAUAAACACAAAUCUAACAAUCACAAUUUUCAAACGAACCCUAAGUUCUAAAUUGAACUUGCAAAUUUACUCCUUGCUAUAAUUAAGGAGAGUGCAAGGAAUUUGAAAUGCUCUAUAUUAUAGAGGGAUGUGUAGAUACAUGAUUGUUUGACAAAAAAAUUGUAUUAAUUAGUUUUAUAUUUAUAUUUGCUGUUCCGUUUUUUGGUAAGACCUUUCCCGUGAUCAUCUGCUCCAAGUCCGAGUUUGAAGCGAAGAACCCAGAAUUGGAAGAGAUUUAGUCCACUCUUUCUUUCACUCUAAUUCAACCGCUACCCACGUAGCUAGCUGCCGGUAAAAGUGAACGAGAAAAAAGAAAACAAAGAAAUGCCAGACUCUCCCUCUCUCCACCUCAUUAGGCAAAUUUUCGUAAAAAAAUUGCAAGCGCAUGCACAACAGAGAAUAAGAAGCAUAGAAGAGAAUCAGGAUCAUGAUGGUGCAGCCAUCUGCAAAACUCCAAUCUUUCUGGAACCACCCUGCCGGCCCUAAAACCAUUCAUUUCUGGGCGCCCACUUUCAAAUGGGCAAUCAGCCUUGCCAACGUUGCAGACUUCGUCAAGCCCCCAGACAUGGUCUCUUACCCGCAGCAGCUUGCUGUUGUGGCCACUGGUGUUAUAUGGUCUCGAUACAGCAUGGCCAUUACCCCGAAAAAUUGGAACUUGUUGAGUGUGAAUGUGUGUCUGGCUGGAACUGGGUUGUAUCAGUUGUCACGCAAGAUCAGGCAUGGUUCUAUGGCAAAGCCAGCAAAAGCAGCCGAGCCCAAAGAAUGAUUCUGUGAUUCAUACAUGGAUAUCAGAAGAAUUGCCUCAGAUCUGUUCUGUCGUUGGUCGUGUUUUCCUGGUUUUCCAUUUCGAAGGGAAUAUGUAUAACCAUGAACACAAGUUUUGUACUGCAUUUUGCAAGGACGACUCCAUAAAAACAUCAGCAGCCCUUUACAGUUAUUCAUUCAGAAAGCCAAUCUGUAUGAUUGUAUCAGCUGCUUACUGUUAUGGGUUGGCCUGUUAGCUUCGUGUGCUGAACUCCGUUACGAUGGAAGAGUUAUCUGUGUCAGGUUUCUCCAUAUAUUACAUUAGCCGCAAGCAUGAACAGAGAGACUUGCUAGCUAGCUCUCACCCUUACUAGCCCUUAAUCGGCCUCCUUCUAUCUUUAAUGAUGAACAAGUUGUUGGUAAUAGCCCAGAUGGCUGUCGUAUCAGCCAGUUGGGUGCUCUAAAAUGCCUAGCGGUGCUAAUCGGUUCGGUUUCAGUUAAUUAUUAAGUACAAAAUAAAUAUCGAAAACUGAAAUGAUAAAACUUGUUGGUUAACCACUUGUUUUCGGUUAGCGGUUAGAUUUUCAAAUGAAUUCUUAUAUUUGGUAUGUCAUAUUUCGAAUUUUAGAAAUAAAAUAAAUUUGAAUUC